AUGUCAAUAAACAUAGUAGGUACUACCUACCUAACCAGACCUACUCGUGUCAUCUCUGAUAACACUGCUCUUCCUAAGUGGUCUCAAAGGCAGGUAGGUAGGUUCAAUGCAGGCAGUACCCAAGAGGUAUUUCAGGACUUGGCUUUCCCAUCGUCUAUCAUCCAUCUUCCAUCUUCCAUCUUCCAUCUUCCAUACUCUAUCAUCCAUCUCUCAUCAUUCAUCAUCACAAGCAUUCACAUCACAUUUCAACAAGCCCAUUCUGUAUCCAAAGUCUCUUACCAGAAUCCUCACAAGAUGGCCACGCCGACAAAGAUUGUGCACGAGUGGUGGGGGAGUUUGAACGAGGAGGUGGAAUCUCGCGACGUGCAACCAAGUGCGGAGAUUCGUAAGCAGAUGAAGCACAUCAAAAACUUUUUCUUCGCCAAGCUCAUCGACUGGCCUGAUCAUGAUUUGAGAACAAAACACGUUUUUUCCCAUGGUAGCUGCAUCUACGUACGUGCUCCAGACAACGGGCGCAUACCCAUCGCGGAAGCCAAGAAGGAUUACCUUGUAACCAAAGAUGCCCAUCGAAACUCUACACCUGACGCAGACCAUGCUGUGCAAUGGGCCAUAUUCAUCUUCGAUAGCCCUUUAUCACUGCUCAUGUUUGCCAAAACCAUGAGAGUCAGGUUUAGUCCCACGACAACACUUACUCUCCAACUGCACCUCUUCCAUUUGAAGCAUUUACCCCGUGUCGCUUGCUCGUUGGGUGCAGUUCGCGAAGCACUUCGAGAUCAGUUGGAGGAAUGGAAAGUGGCUUUGAAAGCACUUCGGCCUAAGUUGAAUUUGAAGCUUCGACUAGUCUUGGGCCAGGAAAAUGAAACUCUCUUUGACCUUGACAUCGAGACGGAAGAAUUCCGAAAAGAGCGAAUGGAAUAUCUUAAGGAGAUGAAGGUGUUGUGGUUGGAGUGA